AUGUCUACCGCAAUCUCAAUUACAUACGAGCUGAACCCGCCUGCGGACACCCCAACGCCCGACAAUCUCGCUUCCACAAAAACGCACGAGUUCUCCAUCGCGAGCGCCGAUGCUGCCGGUCAAAAAGAGUACUAUGUAGGCCUGCGGGCUGCGGUACUGCAGGCGAAGGGUACCCUGGGCGAGGAGCUCACCGCAUGGAGAGAUGUUGUGGGCAAACGAGAGGAGAACAAGGAGGCCAAAAUCCCUAAGAAGAGUGAGGAGGACGAAGACGAGGACGAGGAGGCGGAAGAGUGA